AUGGACAGCUCCUCAAAAGUCACUGUCGAGUAUCAUGAUGCUUCCGGCGUGUUUCCACUGGUUUCGCGUGACAUUCUCCAGCGAUUACCUCUACGGAAUCUCAAUUGGCAAUCUCUUAACCGUCCGUUAAGGCAGAUCAAGUCGCUUCACGUCGACUUUGUGCCAGACAAGGAGACAGUCGCUGCUCUGCGGCCCACGACCUCGCGAAACGAUUCCAAUGGCCCCAACAGUUUCGAUAUCGUGGGUGGGGGCGGUGACGCGAAGAAAGAUGCGGUGAAGACCAGGAAGCACCAGAUCCCAGGCUUCAGGACGAGCCCAUAUCUGAAGAUCUAUGUGCUACGAUGCGAUGACAAGGAGAACUACAAGGACUCGGCUCGAAAACAGAUACGCGACUGGGUACGCGAGAAUGCGCAGCCGGUGGGAAAGACAGACCACGAUGCCUUCGAAUGGAUGCUUUUGCACGUGGUAGUGCCAGACACUGUCGCUGCGAGCGAGCCAAGAUGGCGAGAGGGCACAAAAGAUCCAGACGAGCUCAAGGAGCGGAAAGCAGGUGCCAAGUUGACCAUUGGCAAAAGCACCCGCACCGUCUUCGACAGGCUCCGAGCAGAUUUCAACGACACUGGCAAGAGAGGUGUGGAUCGAGUCGCGCAGAUACGCAUUCCCAAGGAUCGAGCCCCUGCCGACCUCCUGCCAACCCCAGCUGUUGCAGAGACUCACGAGGAGAAUGCGGAUGAGCAGCAGAAGACCUGGAAUGACUGGACGGGGAAGCUGAAGAACCUGAUCCUGGGACCGUUUGAUCGACGAGUUCGUCAGUAUGAAGCUGAUAUCGCCGAGCAAGAAACGCGUCGCUCCAUGCCAGGCUGGAACUUCUGCACCUUUUUUAUUCACAAGGAAGGACUAGCGAAAGCGUUGGAAAGCAUCGGCUUGGUUGAAGACGCAUUGGCAAUAUACGAUGAGUUGUCCCUUGGAUUGGAGGUUGUACUGCGAGACAUUGCUGCUGGUCAGACUGAGGGGGCAGCGACUAGUUUUGCGGCCUACACCGACGAUAUAAAAGAGCGAAUCGUUGGUACACCUCCCAACGCAACGAAUGGAACGCAUAAUGAUAUUACGAACGACAAACAAGACACAGCAUCGCUUUUCAGCAAAGACUACAGAGAGAGAAUCGUCCGAAGCAAUAUCUCGACAUUCGACUUUUUAUGCUAUCUAUUUUCGCGGCAGAAGGCCUUAAUCCUGCGGCUGGCCAAUGCGCGUGCGAUACGGAUACAACUUGAUGCCACCGCGGACAAGGAGGGCGGAGAGGAUCUUGUCCUGACCUCAGAGGUUUGCUGGCGAGCGUCAAAUUUUAUACAUAAUGCAGCCAGAGCCCUGAGGCAGGACCUCUUGGCUAGGGCUGAGCACGAAAGCAACUUUGACCUCCGAGUAGAGAUGGAAAGUAUUGUUUCUUCGUGGACAUGGGCUGUUGCAGGUCUUGUGCUUCAUGAGACCGCAGCCCCGGCGCUUGAGGCGAUCACCACAGCACAGGCAACAGAUCAACCAAAUGGCAAAACUCGUCGUCCUACACUGACCAUGGGCCUGGGCGCCAACGUCCAUCCUCAAAGGACCUCAAGCCUUCCGACGAAUAAGCUCAAGCCAGAAGAAUCACAGCUUGCAUCAACGGCGAUGAGGGCCGAUGACCAUAGCAGGACACGACCUCAAACCAGUACUGGAGUUGAAGCUGGGCAACCAAACGCCUUGCCUGGUCAAGCGGAGCUUGCAACAUAUCGAGCGGAGCUCAUUGUCACGCGUCGUAAAAUGCUUGAACAGCUAGCGAGACUGCAAGGCUGGCACGCUGGGUGGUCUGGAGCAAAACAGUCGAGGAUAUGUAAAAGGUCGAGUGUAAAGCUGGAGGAUAAAGACACGAACGCGAAAGCGGAAUUGUCGUCGAAGGGUGACGUUGCCCAUGCUUUGCACGCCCUCAGCCCGUCACUACAGAGCGCCUUGUCCGACAAGGAUAGCUUUGAAGCCGUGUACGAACGGUUGACGAAUUUCGCUAUUCGUCACUACUACGCUGCUACACUGAGCAAGCCUGCGGAGACCCUCCUAGGCGACAUCGCAUUGCUUAAGUGCCAGCAAAAGGACUAUGAGCAGGCCGCAUCAUGCUUCAAGCACAUCAUUCCUUUGAUGGCCACCGACGGCUGGAACUUAUCGGAGGUCGAAGCGUUGAAGGCCUACUGUCAAUGUCUCAAGAGCUUACAGCGUGCCGAGGAUUACGUUCGGCACGGUCUCACGAUUCUUGCAAAAGUUGCUGUGCGCAAUAAAGAUCAGGCGCGGCUACACCCACGAGCUGUUGCUGGACUCGGCAGUGCUCAAGACGUUCCUCUCGACCUGGCUGAUCUGUUUGCCGACCUGGCGUCUGCCACAGAGGGACUGCAGCAGGAUGUUGUGUCUCCCCUCCAAAAUUUCUUCAGCAAUGUCAAGCUCGAUACACAGGUCAUCCAUCAUGCCGACGGCGAUGGCUUCUCUCUCAACUUCAGUGUACAACAUGUGCUCGGAGGCGAAUGCGAGAUAGGCGAGAUCACAACUCGCUUGGUCAACCAUGAAGACGCAGCCCAUGAAGUCCUACUUCGCAGUCGUGGGCCAGUCAUACUUCAGCCUGGUCUCAACCAGGUGGAGCUCGUCGCUAACGCAGUAACGCACGGUCCGUACCUGAUCGAUAAGAUCAUGUUCCGUACGCAAAAGCUCUGCUUCGUGGAAGAGCUACGACCACCGCCACAACCUACGGCGCUUGGAUUCACUGAAGCCAACCCUCCGACUGUAACCAUCAGAGAGCACGAGAGAGCGCCGCCUUUCGUCUUCCUGUAUCCCUUGCCACGAGCCUUCAAUGCCGACCUCAGACGUGCCAAGAACAUUCAUGUUGACAAGCCACGACAUUUCGAAAUCCGUCUCGACUCUGCAGAGAAUGAUAUCAGCAGCCUAGACAUAAAGCUGAGGCCGACGUCAGCGGGUCUCAGGAUACACCUCGCUGAUGCCGUGGCACAAGGCGUUGAGCUGUUGACGGCCGAAGCGUCGAAGCCUGGUCAGAUCUCACUGGGCUCGAUAAGCGCCGCCACCUCAGCAUUGAUCACUAUUCCUUAUACCGUCGAAAAUGCCAACCGAGAUGCUGCCUUGCGCUUGGAGAUUGAUUAUCACACCGCAGGGGGAACACACACCUUCUUGAAGUCGCUGACUGUCCCAAAUGAGCUGCCUCUCGAUGUCGAUGUCAACGACAUGUUCCAUCUGGAUUGCCUGUUCUCCAGCUUCACCGUUCGCACUACGACACCAAAGCCUUUCACGGUGUUGGGGGCGAUGCUGGAUGGCUCGGCUGUCUUCGCGGUGGAGGCGCCGCCGGCUCUUCCUCUGCCUUUGACAGUAUUUCGAUCGCAGCCACUGAGCCUCGUGUACAAAAUCACGCGGAAAGAGUCCAUUGCAAGCAACGUCCUCAAGCAGGGCGCCGCACUUUCUCUCGUAGUGCGCUAUCAGCCUACGGAUGAGCUCCUUCUCGGAUGUAUCAGGAGAAGCUUCGUCAACGACUUGAAGGACAGUGAACACGGCAGAUACAUUCGUCUGCUCGAGCCUAUACUGUCGCAACGCCUGAGACUCUUCCUCAAAGCUGUCGACUUGGAGACGACUGCUUUGCUAGGAGAGUCGGACUUACCUUCCUUUGGGGCCAUUGGCUGGGCAGAAAUACUCAAUACACUACCUGAGACCGUGCGGCGACCGCUUACUGCAUGGCUUGAGCACUGGCAUAGUAGCAGGCAAACAGUCGAUAUCUUCACUGAUGAAGUCGACAGUCUUGAGACUCAGUCGAUCACCAUUUCAGUGGACGUGCCAAACCUCGACAUGGUCUUCGCGACUUCCCUGGAUCUGUCAGUCAAAGUACCGGCCGCGGGCCCACCUAUCCUUGUGCUCGGGCAACCCGUGGAAGCGGUCGUUCGUAUCAGGAGCACAAGCCAAUGGAGCGCGAAGAACAUAUUCCCAAGCGUGCCCACGUUCACCCUUCAGGGCGAAGAAGAGACGAAGACGGCGUUCGUCUGCGACGUUGGGGUAGAUUCUGAUGCUUGGAUACUAGGCGGCAAGCGGCGCAGCCACUUCACUCCUUCGAACGGCGAGGAGUGGUCCUUCAAGGUGCUGCUGAUACCACUCCGGGCUGGAGUGUGUUCACUACCCACGGUGGAAGUGCAACACGAUUCGGCAGACCCAGAAGCGAAUGCAGAGGACGUGGCUGUAUCAGUGACUUGUGAGACGCAUUACGAAAGCGCUGGGCAGGUGGUCCAUGUCAUCCACGAUCGGCGCACUACGAAAGUCCACAUCGCUGAGUCGUCAGGCGCUAUGCUUUUGCCAUCGUCAGGAACCCGACCCAGCGACCAAGUCUCGAGCUGUCCCGAUCUAUGCGACCACUUCCUACACAUUCAAUGA